UUUGUUGUGGUGGGGCCGCCAUGGUGUGCGAGAAGUGUGAGAAGAAACUCGGUACGGUAAUCACUCCCGAUACGUGGAAAGAUGGUGCGAGAAACACUACAGAAAGUGGUGGCCGCAAGUUAAAUGAAAACAAGGCGUUGACCUCAAAGAAGGCAAGAUUUGAUCCUUAUGGAAAGAACAAAUUCGCAAUAUGUCGGAUUUGUAAGAGUUCUGUUCAUCAGCCAGGAUCUCACUAUUGUCAAGGAUGUGCCUAUAAAAAAGGCAUCUGCUCAAUGUGUGGCAAGAAGGUCUUGGAUACGAAGAACUACAAGCAAACUUCUGUCUAAUUGUAUUGACUAGUCUUUUUAUGAACUUCAUCUUCUGUGUCUUUGUACAGUAACUUUUCUCUAAACUCAUUUGUGAAUAUUACUUUCUGGAAGAUAAUACAUUUACUUGGAAUGAGAUGGGAGGUAAAGACAGCCUGUUUGUUUGCCUAGAAAUGUAUAUAAUAUUUGAUUUUUGUUGUUUUAGCACUAAUGUUAACUGAUUAAUUUAAAGAUAAUGGUUUGCAGCAACUGAUACAGUUCAAAAUGAAUGAGAUCAUAGUGGAUAGGUUGAAACUAUGUUACCGUGAUAAUAGAGAUCUUUGAGAUUAACACUCUUUUGCCAUAUUUUGAGUCUUCUGCUUGUCUGAUAGUAAUAUUUUAUAGAUGUAUAAAAUAUGAGCUUGUAUCACCUCAUUAAAGUAGCACUUAAAUUUAGUUCUAUGCUUACAGGUAUUUAUAAUUACUCUCACAUCAAACUAUUACGUCCUCCCCUCUAAGUAUUGCUCUUCAGAUUUGAAUGCAAUUGUCAUGUUGAAUUUUGUUUCUGCCUACAGUAGGGUUGGUUAAAUCACAAAUUGUUAAACUGCUGAAAUCUAGUGUGUUACUCUGCUGGUUCGUUCUUUGCCAGUAAGGCUGAUUAGCUAUUCCCUUGUUAGCAUCUAAGAAGGCUUUGGAUAUGGCAUCUUGGUAGCCCAAGGCAAUGAAAUAAUGAGCAUCAAUUUCUAAUGCCAGGUCUCAGUCUCAUAAUUUUCUAAGUUAGUCUGGCUUUUAAAUACUUGGUUUGACACUGGCUCUUGGAUUCUGUGAUGUGAUUGCUUAUAUACGUGUCAAAUUUGAAAGAUCAAAACAGGCUGCCUUCUCUUCAGCAUUGGUUUGAUACAAGACUUGAAGUGAACCUCUCUGAACAUGAGAGGCUGAGUGUGGCUCUGCAUUUCUUUUGUCCUUUGGUUACUUUCUGCAUAAGAAAGCAAUUUCUGUUAGGGAGAGUAAUAAGUGUUCACUGUGCAUGCAUUUUAGGGGAAAAGAAUGGUACUCUUAAUUCAUGGGGGGGUUUUAACUAGAUCUAUUUAAGUGUUUACUCCUCUCAGCAAUCUCCUCUUGGCAAUCUCUUAUGCUUUUGCAACUUUCUUUCAACUGUAACAGAAAAACUAUCAAUGGGAAUUUCCCUAUGAAUAGGUACUCUGGUUUAGGUUUCCUUUUGUUCUCAUAUCUGUCACUGAGACAACUGCAUGACUAAUGGAGACUAAAAAAUCGCUGUUCUUUCUGUGUGUUAGUGGGAGAAAAUGAAUACUGGGGAUAUAGUUAUUCUCUUUGCUCUUAGCUCCUGUCAUGCUGCGGUUGCACUGUAAGUAGCCCUCUAAAGGAGGUUGCCUGACAUUUCCUGUCACCCUUAACUAUCCAUUAUUGAACAUUUGUCACCGAAGUUUCUUGUUCCAAAUGUGUUGACAUCCUGCAGUUGCUAAAUUGGUCAUUCUUUUCAGCAUUUUAUAUUUACUAAGCAGCUUUGUCAGGAUAGUGGAAUGAGCUGGGUCCCCCAAAAGAAGAGAGGAAUGCUGCUGCUUUUCAUUUUAAAAGCUUCCUUAACAAUUAACCUUAACAACUGAAUGGAGGUUUGUGGAUUAGCUAGCUGGUGAUGGUUGGCAGCCUGCAAAGUUAUUUGUACAUGGUGAUGGCCAUUUGUUUCCAAAUGCAUCAAGGAAUUCUAGUAUUAGUGUACAUCUCUAUGACACAUCCUUUGUAUGCAUGAAAAGAAAAUGUCUAUAAUUGGCUUCAAGUUUUGCAGCAGAUGCUUGUCAGCAGAGCGUGUGGUGAUUUCAGGUGGCAGAUUCUCUGAUACUUUCUUAACUCUUCACCCUUUAUGAGAGUGAUCUAUAAGAUAGAUUGAUUUUUGCUGUUCUGUAAAUAAAACUUCUUUCUUGUCUUCCUAAAACUUGCCAGUAUCUAUUUCAAAAGCAUGACUUUGUAAUUCUUGAAUAUGUGGCAUGAAUUGAAUCUUUAUUGUGCUCUGUAAAUAUUGGCACUGAACGAACUCUUACCUCUUUUUGUAACUGAUUUAAGAACAACAGGGAUUUAAAUAAUAUCUUUUGUUCGUAAUUGUUUUGUGGAUAGAGCUUUUAUGCACCUGUAUCCUAUUAUGGGCAGCUGCUUUUGCAUGUUAGAAUGUAUUUUUGUUGGAAAAGGAGACAGGUUUUAGGUUUGUUCUUUUUUUUUUAAUAGUGGAUACAAACAAUGGUUUGUUAUUCUAGUGUUUUGUGCAUGCUUGGGAUCUUCCAUCUGUAGCUCUCAAACCUUCUUAGCCUCAUGAGAGAUUCAGUUCCUGAGAUCUGUAAAAUCUUCUGAUGUAACAGUCAACUUUCAGAAAAGCCUGUUUUACAAGCAUUGUUUUGGAGACACAUUGCUUUAAAUUUAGAUUACAAGCCCUCUCCUGCAACUCUGAGAUGCACCACAGUUCAAGGCAAUCUUGGCAAAGAAGCACUUAAACUUAUGUACACCUUCAGUAUGAUUGAUUGUCAUAUAAAAGCAUUUUUGUUGAUACUAAAAAUGUCUUAUUAGCAUGGGACGCCUUUCCUGAGACAUUAUGCAGUGAAAAACAAAAGAAAAUCUGUAAUGGAAAAGUUGCCAUUUUUGUUUAAUGUACUGAGAAGAACACAUUAAUGUUCCCAGAUGAUCAGACUGUCCUCUAAAUCACAGGUUACGUAAGAGUUUUGUACUGCCAAAUUUAGUAGGAUUAGAAUUUUCCUCAGUACUGCUGAAUUCCUAUACUGUCCUUGCUGUUUCUGUGUGUUCAUUGGCCAGAGCUCUUACUGAGCUCAGUAUAAGCAACAUUUUGAUGCAGAUUAUUGAGAGAAAAGAACAGAUUAGCUAUAAAAAUGUUACUGUGCCUGUAGCAGCCAGUCAGAUGAAAAUUGAACAGGAACUGUUGAAGGGUCCUUGUAUCAGGGUGUUCUCACAUUCUUCCCCAUGUUGGUUUUUUUGUUUGUUUGUUUUUGUUUGAUUUUUUUUUUUUUUUUUUAACCCUGUUCUUUCUGCUGCAGAAUCUGGAGAAAGGACCAUCCAGGAUAGUCAUCUAGCAAUACUGUUCCAAGGCAUUAGUGCUAUUUUAAUUGUUUACUUGUAUAAAUGUGGCCUUUUUUCCCCUGUUAGGUUUAUUCUGUUCCUUCAUUAUCAGAAGGAUAGCAAGAAAGACUUUCUUAUAUACAGGGAUGUCACUGACUAUUUUGCGUUCAGUUUUUCUUGAGACUGGCCCAGACUUGCACCAAAAUCUCUUAUUUAGCAAAAUAAGACAUGUACAGGUUUCAGAUGGUAAAUCUGUUGCACUUAAAUGCUUGUUCUGGUAUCACUCCUAUCAUCAGCCCAUCUCUCUGCAGUGCUUCAGAUUGCACAAGUAUUCCAGUUCUGUACUAGCUGAGCAUUGCUCUACCCAGAGACGCUUAGGCCAGAACCCUCUACCAAUCUCACUGUCAUAAAUUCUGGGCAAGAAUGACUGAUGCCUUUGUAUUAUCAGUGGAUGUAAGAGGUAUGUGCAAAAAAUAAAGAACAAUAGAUUGAAUUAAGCAGCUGCUCGAAGUAGUGCAAUGAACCAUGUUGCUAUAUUUUCCUAAUACAAAGCUGUAAGUUUUCCAGACGCAGAAAGAAUCCUCAACAUGAAAGAUUCAUUAUUCAUUGAAAGACAGUAAGCCAAGAGUAGGAGCUAUGGCUCUUUACAUGUGGUAUGGCAAAACUUAGUUUGUGAUAGGGCUUCUCCACUGAGAAUAAGAUUUUGGGGGCUAAUAAAGUCUUAAUAAACCCCCCUCAGACAAGUCAUUGUUUUCCCUGGUUUGGAACUGGGCUUCCUGAUCUCCUGUAAGUAUAUAUGGCCUAAAGAUGCAUCCCUUUCUGUCAAAUGCUUUAGAUGUUGGAGAAUCCAAGAGUGGUUUUGGGGGUGUUGCUGCUCAGUCCCUGACUUACUGGUUGCUUAAUAGAACUAUCUGUUCAGUGAGCACUGUUUCAGCAUGGGAUCAUGCAGGUAUAUCUUUUGCUUACAGUAUCUUACCAGAUCACUGGUUUAGAAAAAAAAAAUGUGGCAGGGUGCAAAACGGAAUACUGGUGACAGGAAAACUCGCCCUGAGUAUCAUGAGAGAAUGAACACAUUGCCGCAUCACAGCUGAGGUUUGCUAUUAAGCAAAAAUAUUUUUGCUCUCCCAGUCAGCAGAACUGGUUGGACAAUCUGAUAAGGCAUGAUGACAGCCCUUACAAAUAACAGACCCAAAUGUUUCUUUUAGUGAGGAUUAUAAAUGUGCCUCAUGUAGAAGACUGGUUGGUUUUGAACUGCUUGUCUGCCUCACAGACUUGUGAUUUUGUGGAAGAAGUUAUAAUCUGAAAUUAAUCAGAAACUGAUUUUUCAUUAGCUUUUAUGGAUGGGGGCCAUAGUUCGUUCGCAGAACUUGCAUGAGGUAUACAUGUGUUCAUCAUGUCUGGCUAACGCCUGCAGAAAACGUUCUCUGAGAGUUCUCUGCUGACAAGGAGUGCUUACUUCACCCACUUAAGGGCAACAGGAACAGAUGUGUUGAAGGGACCUGGAAGAAUUUGUUUGAAAUCUUGCCAAGAAAAUGAAGGAAGAACUGAGUGGAGUAUUCUCCAUGAGGCAUUGCUGAUAAAAAUUGUUCUCUUACAUGGUUCACAAAGACACUUCUGACACUUUUUUUUUUUUUUUUUUGCCUUGCUGUCAUUCAUUUGUGAAAAAUAGCAAGUGGAUUUUUCAGGCACCACUGAACUGAUGGCCAAAUCACUACCUAAUUAAGCAGACAUUUCCAGAUUGUCUUUCUAGUAAAAAACCUUUAGAAACUAUUCCUCUUUCCUUUCUGUCUCUUUCUUUGCGCUGAAGGAUGCAGACUGAAAUUAAAGAUUUUAGUGAUUCAUUAAGCAUAAGUACUUCCAGCAAAUCCAAUUAACUAUAUAUGCUUGUCUGCCAAGUGGUAUUGGGAAAACAAAUGCUGAGUGGUGGGGGUUUUUUUCUGCAUCAUCAUGGUUAUGAUGAUUAAAUAUCAGUAUUGUUAACUGUUUCAAGUCACAUGCAAACACACGGAACUCACAGUUGCCAUUUUCUCCUGGCUAAUGGGUCUCUCACAAGCAUCUUAAAAUUAUCAGUCCAGUCUUCAGGAAAUCACUCCUUGCUGUUAAUUUUCUGUUAUUCCUUUUGCUGCUGUAGAAGGUAAAGAUUUUAAGUUUGUACAGCUCCCAGAUUGUGUCAUGGACACUUACUGUUCUGAUAUGUUUACUAAUGUUCAGUAACACAUUAGUGCGACUGAGAUGAUGUGUGACAAAAGGCAUGGCUCUCAGGGAGCUGGCGUCUAGCCCAGUCCAAUUGUCAUCUUUUAUUGAUUAAAAUAUUUAAAUGCAAAUUGCAUUAAGCAAAGACUUUACUCUGCCGUCUUAAAUCUCUGUCUUUCUAUGGAAGGCUUUUGAUAAAAGCAAUGAUGUGACAUUUCAGUGAUGAAUAGCUUCCUUUUAUGGCUUCCAAAAUGAUUGUUUCCUAAAGGAUGGGAAGUAAGCAAAAGUGAUAUAAGGGAAGGGUUAUCUAUAGAUUUUCAGAUUUGUUUUGUUUUCAGGUAGUAGUCCCUAUUUAUUAGAGUUUCAUAGAAAUCUUUGAAAGUUCAGGCAUAUUUUGUGUAUACAGCAGUGUCAGCCUGAAUUUGAAGAGAGCCUGAAGCAGUGACUGAGAGAUUAGUUCCUCUAAGCUUAAAAUAGAUCCUUGUUUGGAUAGUGAGAUAUUAGUAACAUUAAUUGCUGCUGUUCUCAACAGAACACAUAAAAUCCAAAUUCGGAAGCUCACCAAAGUGGCAUAUUUCCCAGCCUAGGUUAGGAACAGCGGACCGAUAAGUAGAUCAGUAUGGAUUUACAUAGACUUGGGAGGGCUGCAGCGAAGAAGGGGGGGCAUCAUGCGCUCGUUUCAUGUGGCAUCCUGCAGUGCUGUUGUGGAGGCCUCUGGCAGAGAGGUUCCAUGUGCCUACCUGGGUGGUAGCUAAGAAAAAAAGUGUUUGCUAGUGAGGGCAGCAGAAUUCAGGCUUUAGGAGUCAAAGUGUUCAAAUUUAAUGUCUCGCAGAUUCUAAACCAUUACAAAUAGUGAACUGUGUGAGUGAAUCUUUGAAGCUUCUAGGAAAACGCUGUAGAGAAGAGCGAAAGCAAUUGAUUUCUUAUGACUUGGCUGAUAGUACUCACUCCUGAUUAUUUCUGUUUUGCCCAGAUUUCCUGUUGUAACUACCUCUCUGCACCUGGCUAACAUACAAGCAUAUGGCAUUGCUUAACUUUAAGUGCAGCAUUGAUAGUUGCACUGAGGAAAAAAAUAGACAACCAGGCGUUAUAGUAUAUGAAGGAAAAAAAACCCAGGUUCUCAAGACUGUCAGAUACAUUCAUUAUGAAGAGAAAACUUUUAAAUUUUUUUUAUCCAGCUAAAUUAGAAACAAAUGAUCAUACAAAUAUUAAGGAUAUAAACUAGCUUGAAAUCUCCAUGCCUUUUUAUUCUAUAAAAGAUUUCUGUAUUGGAUUUUUUUUUCAGAAACAGCUGGGUGCCAGGGACAAUUUUUUUUCAAGGUUAAGCUUGUUUAAGCAAAUAAUUAAAAGUUUCAAAUCCUGACUAUAUAUGGCAAGGUCAUGAAGAUUGUUUGGAGGUGAAUGUAGCCAGGUUUUGACAAGUGUGUCUGUCACACGCUAGCUGUGCAAGGCAAUUUUAUAAAGACUGCUCUACCAUAAAGUGCCAUAUGCUUUGGCUUUAUUCCUGCCUUUAUAUUCAUAAUGAAAAAAUCAAUGUUUAGAUCGAGGGAGGAAAUUGUAGUACUAGCAACAGUAAAAGUGUGGGGAGCACAAGCGCACGCUGCUGUCAUUGAGCGCUUGGUAAGCAUUGCUUUUCCCUCACAAUGCUGUGCAAGGUAGAUAAAUACAAACCAUUCAGCUGAUUUGUCCAAGGCUGCUGAGGAAGUUGGUGUCAGGUUGGGGUUAGAACUCAUUUUAAAAUAAGUGACCUAUGUAGAUUGCUAGGAGAUGGCUUGCAUGUGUGUGUCUGUGUGUAAUGCUUUCAAUGCCUGUAUGACCAGGGCAGACUAAGACAAGAGUUUGACACAAAGAUCCCUUUAAUGAAAGAGUUAGUUCAUUUGGAAAACAAAUAGAGCAUAGUUUUCAUACAGGAUUUUUUUCCCUUCAGGUCCAUUGAAACAGUUUUCCAUAACAUUUUAUGUGUGUGUAUGUGGCUGUAAGUUUCAUCACCAACUUCGGGCUAUACUCCUCUUUUAUUUGUGUAAACACUUUCUCUGUAUAAUUGUUUGGUUUUCAGCAUUGAUUAAAGUUAGGCAUUGAACAUUUCAUACAUAAUACUGUCAGUUUAACUUGUUCUUACUUGGAGACCUAUGGGUUAUGAUACAUUACCCCAAUUCUGCCAAAGAUUAAGGCAUAUCCAGGAUGUUGCAGGACAGUGGUUUCUCAAGACAAUGGGUCAACAGGAUUAUAGUGCAUUGAGGAACACACAACUGUGUCUCCAAGUACGUUUGCAUGUGAGAAAAGUUGUAUGUAUAAAAUCAGUAAAACUAAGAAUGCUGAAGAAAGGGCAGCUAUUAAAAUAAAAAUAAUCCGAUAGGAAAAAACCCAAACAUCUACAGAACUUUUGAUUCAAAUUCAGGUUAACAGUCAGAUUUUGCCACUCUUCUUGAUGUGGAAGAGUAUCUUUUCCUCUAAGUAUGGCUCCUAGUUUGGUUCAGAGUUGCAAAUAUUUAAAGGUAGUUAGGGACCUAAUUCCCAUUGAAGUGGUUUCACUGAGAAUGGGUGCUCACAUCAAACUGUGUAAUAAGGUACAGCACAGAAUGAAUAAGGUACAAAAUGUGGCAUAUUAGUAACGGUAUAUAAAAAUGUCACUUGUUCCGUCUAAUUUGCUGUUACUGCAGGUUUAUUUCCAAUAAAGCUUUAAUAAAAAUUCAGUUUGCUACUAUCAGGUAAAUAGAAAUACAAUGGCAGCUGAUCUUUUCCCUAUGCAUAAGGAUCUGGAAAGACUGUUUGAUCCCAGAGAUCUUAAGAAACAGCAUUGUGUUACCUUGUUGGUUCUGUAUUCCCUUCAAAAAGUGGCAAACAGGACUUCCGAGCUGUAAUUUCCAGCUAGCGAUAAAUAAAUUACCUUCUCAGGAGGAACGAGGCAGCCUGUUAACUGAUGAUUGAGCAUUUUCCAUGUAUCAGAACAGGUUGAUAGUGCAGUACUGACUUACUCUAUUAUUUUAAGUUGCAUGGUAUAUCAUUGCAUGAUACAUACAGUAUAUCAUCCAACCCUUUUCCAGUCCAUCCUAGGAAAUUGGUUUAGUUUAAGGAAAAGGAUUAAAAAUACUUUUUGAGGGCUCAGCAAAACAGCUUUGUCCUCCUCUUUGAAUCCUGCAGAAGGCUAUGCAACACUUCUAUGUAUUUGAGAGGCCUAAUUUCAGGAUGUAGAAACAUUCGUGCAGAGGAAAGGGGCAGUUCUGGAGAAGAACGUCUCUCUGCAGCCACUUAUCCAUAUUUCAUCAUAGCCCACUUAAUGAAAUUUCUGCUAAUGACUUUUAGGAAUGGGCACAUAAUUGCUUUGCUGUUUUUCCAGUGGGCUAUGACUUCCAAAGGGUAGCUUUCCAGACAGCAGUUUCUGAAGUACUGUGGCAUGCUUGUCUUGCCAUGCCAGCUAGGAAUUUUAGCUUGUACCCUAAUUCUGCCAGCCAGAAAAGAUCGAGGACAGUAUGGAAGCAGAUUACAUCAAUUUUGUGCCUCUGGCUGUUCAUAGGGGGAAUGCUGGCUGGGGAGACCUGUAUUGGGUUUGUGGGUUUGGGUUUGGUUUUUUUUUUUGAUCAAAGCAUCUUUUGGGAAGUAACCCAUAGAAUCCUUUGAAAUGGGACAGAAUCCUCAGGAGCAAGGAUUAAGGGUCUGUAUCCUCAAAGGUGUGUGGUCAUCCAGCUCUUACUGAAAUCUGGGUAAUGCCUGAGUAUCUUCGGGAAUAUGUUGUCAAGUUUGUCUUCUGUAGGCUUUGUUAGUAGUUGGGAUGAGCUGGUUUCAUUUUGAUUUCUUGUGUGGGGAUGAGUAGGUAAUUUUAGAUUCUGGCUAGUAAAACGUUACAGUGGCAUUAUGCUGCAAACAGUGAGAGAACACCUUGUCUGGCUUUUGUUGGGUUGCUAUGAAUUAAAUACUUUUAUCCUUUAGCAAGAAUUUCAGGAGACUGCAAGGUGCUAACAAGAAGUGCGAAAAAAGCUGUGAAAUAGCUGUUUCUCUUGUACAGAUUCUCCAAACAUACCACACAUGGUAAUCAGUGUCUGGCAAUUGUUUUUACUGUUAGUGCUGUCAAACUGAUUCGGAAUAUAUUUCCAUUUAAUUCUUGAUCAGCAUGAGAAAAUUCUUCCUUGGAUUUUGGAUCUUCUUGCAAGACUGUAAGAAUAAUGCUGGUGACUGUCCUGCUGUUGGUCAGCACUGAGCAAUACCAUGCGUAUGUGUCCACAUAGUGAUUUGUUAAAUGUUCAACCUUUGUUUAAUAUUCUAAAAUAUUAUAUGCCUGGAUAAAAGUUCACAGGAGUAUCAUUCUUAACUUCUGAGAACAGCUCUGAAAUGAACUGCUGUUUUUCAGUAGUCAAUAUUUAAACAUACUUCAGUUAAUCAGAAAAUCAAUGUAUCAGCCACUGUGUAUUCCUCUUCCCUAUAAGAACUAUCUGCCUUUUAUCUCUAGAACGGAGUUCACGGAGGAAAUCUGGCUGAAGACAUGUUCCUCCUCUUCAUCUUGGGAACUUGAUACCUAGCAACUUUUAGGUGUUAAGACACAGCUUAGGUAGCUUCUCACUCAGAUUGUUGCUUUUUGAGGAUCUCAUCCCAGCCAAUGCCACACAGGUUUUUGUGCAGGAGAGCUGCAGUGCCAGUCUCAAGGCUGAAGAUUGCAUUGCACAUGAGUUGGCCUAACAGCGAAGCCCUGGAACACCGAUGUCUCUUUUGGGGAGCCAGCUGCAAAUGACUUCACCAAGGUCAUGGCAUCUGGGUCAUUUAAAAAAUCAGCUUCAGGAGCUGGCUCAAAAUCUCCCCUAAAAUCUCCCAAAAGGGAGAUGACAGUAAUACACUGGGACAGUGUAACUCUUCCUGACACAGCAGGCACUAUGCUUGAACACCAGCGAUUAUGUUACUUCUACAACUGUGGGCACCCCAGCAGGUUUCAGAGCUUCAGUGACUGUAAGAGCAGUCUGUUUCAUAAACUGCUCUUAAACUAGAGGAAGAAAAGUAGGAUCUUGCAAACCCUAUUGUUCCUGCCAGUACUUGUGAAGUAACAUUGAGAUGGUCCUCCUCCAGGUACACACCAUCAAAUUCUGACACCAAGUAACUGAGCUCUUGUGCUAGAAGCAUUUCUUCAAUGCUUUGGAGAGCCAGUAAGUGUAGUGCAAAUGAGGAGUACUGGGCUGGCAGCUCUAAAGUUCUGAGUAUUUAAAAAGGUGUUAUCCUGACUACUAGUGAAUAUAAAUGAUUGCACACCACCAUAUGUAAUCUGAUUAAAAAUGACUUACACAUCCAGGCCUGUUUAUAAUAUCUUGUAUACUAGUUACCAUUACUAUAUUAUUCUUUUCAGAAUUCUCUCUCAAAAUAUUUGAGUUUGUUUGGGGUUUUUUUUGUAAUACUCAGCUGCUAUUGCAGCUUAGAUUAUGUGGCUGUUAUGGCAGUUCUGGGGUGCAUUCAAAGAAGGCAUUAGGGACUCCCAGUCCUAUUAGCAUAAGCCAGUGAAGUACAUGCCUCACAUCCUGUGGUUUGGCUAUGGUUGAACUGAUUUGCUCCUCCCCUCCAGCCCAGUCUUUUGUCAGGCUGGAGUUACACUAGGACCCACUUAUUUAAUACAUGUAGUUUAUAAAUGUGGUUACAAUCUUCUAUGGUUAGCAUAUGAAAACAUCUGCUUUUUCUGUGUGACAUCUGUCAGCCAACACAAGGAGAUCAUGUUUUACCAGUGUGAUCUAUUUCCAGUGCAUUAUCAGCCUUGCUAUCACAGUUAUAAAGCAACCUCCAAUAUCACAG